AUGGCGAACAAAAAAGAAUAUGAUGAUUUAUUAAUCGAUAGAGCUCGCAUAAAAGCUACUGUGUCGAGAGCUUUAUCAAUAUACACGAAAUACAAUUGGACAGAAAACAAUUUAGAAGAAUUGAAGUUAAGAAGAGAAAAAUUAUCUAAACAAGGGGAUUUAUUUGAUGAAAUUCAGGAUAAGAUAGAGCACAGCACUUUUAAUAUCACAACUGAAAUUGAUAAGGAGCGUGAAGGUUUUGAAGAAAAAUACUUCGCAACACUAGGAGAGUAUAACAAAUGUAUUAAAGAUUUAGAAGCAACCCAUAAUACAACAAUCUCACAAAAUUCGUCAACAACUAUUGCAAAUCAUCCGUCACGACUUCCGACGAUCCCAUUACCACACUUCAGCGGUAACUAUCAACAGUGGAAACCAUUUAUUGAUCAAUUUAAUGCUCUUAUCACAAAUGAUACUUCACUAUCAGAUGUUCAAAAAAUUCACUACCUAAGGUCAUGCUUAAGUGAUCAAGCAUUCGAUGUCGUAAGCACAUUGGCAUCAACAGAUAGUAGCUUCAAUUCGGCCAUGGAUUUAUUAAGACAAAGAUAUGACCACAAGCGAAGAACUAUACAAUCUCACAUACGCGCAAUUCUGGACUUGCCAAAAAUUUCGAUAUCAUCAGCAACAACAUUAAGUACACUUAUGGGUGAAACUCAGAAGCACAUACAGUCAUUGAAAAAUCUCGGUCAAAGCGUUGAAAAAUGGGACUCAUUAAUAAUUGAAAUUGUGUUGAGAAAAUUAGACAAAAUUACUUUACAACAAUGGGAGCUGUCUCUCCAAACCACCGAUGUUGUGCCAUUUUCAGCCCUGGAAACAUUUUUAGAUGCACGAAUUAGAUCACUUGAAGCGUUUGAAGGAUCUCAGCGAAUCAACGUGGAACCACCACGAACAACAAAAAAUACAUUUUCCAAACAAGGAUCAUAUUUCGUCGCGCAAGACAAUAGCAAGGUACUGUGUCCUGUUUGCAACCAUAGUCAUGAAAUUUAUAGGUGUUUUAAAUUUAAAAAUAUGAAGGUUCCCGAGCGUUAUACAACAGUUCGUAAACUACAUUUAUGUUUCAAUUGUCUCUCGGCUGGUCAUACCGUUGAAAAAUGUAGCGCUGGUAAAUGCCGAAGUUGUGAUAAAAGGCACAAUACUCUAUUACACGACAUUGAGCGAAAAAACUCUAGAACUGAACAGCAAGGAAAAGAAAAGCGUCCAAUAGAGCAAGAAAUUACGCAUGGACAUUCUUCGAAUCAAGAAGAAUCUACGUCGUCAUUAUGUGCACAUAUAAGACACAACAGUCACGUUUUACUGGGAACAGCUGUCGUGAACAUCGAAAACAAUUUCGGUCAGUUAGUGAAAACUCGUGCUGUCUUAGAUAGUGGUUCUCAAAUCAAUCUUAUCUCAAAUCGAUUAGCUACUAAGUUAAAUAUUCCAAGACAAAAAGGGACAAUGCCAGUGAGUGGCAUUGGAUCUUCAUACGUGAAUAUCUCUUCUUGGAUAUGGGGCAAGUUGCACUCACGUCAAUCAACGUACUCCAAACAAACAGAUAUGUUUGUCAUUAAUGCAAUCACGCAUCAACUACCUGUUGCACACAUUGAUGUCUCAACAUGGGCUUUGCCAGAUCACGUUCUUAAUCAAUUAGCUGAUCCAAAGUACAAUCAACCUGCUGAGAUCGAUUUAUUACUCGGUGCAGAAUUAUUUUUCGAUCUAUUGGGAAACGAGCAAGUCAAACUAAACAAUGGAUCAAUAACUGCAUACAACACAAAGCUUGGGUGGGUACUUUCAGGAAAGGUACAAUAUGAACAGCGAACACCGUCAUCAAUGUGUUUAUUAGCGUCAAUACAUAAUGCCACCCCAUUAGAUGAAGCAAAGGAAACUGAAAAUCAUUUUUGUUCAACAUACAUCAGAAAUGAGUCAGGUCGCUUCGUUCUUAAACUUCCAUUCAAAGACAACUUCAAUCUGGGAACUUCAUAUGAUAUGGCUCGGAGACGAUUCUUUAGUCUUGAAAAAAGAAUGUCCCUAAAUGAAAACCUCAAAGGCCUGUACAUUGAGUUCUUAAAGGAAUACGAAACACUUGGACAUAUGACACGCAUCGAAAACUCAUCAAAUAUCCACACAGAGUGUUAUUACAUGCCUCAUCACGCAGUGUUGCGCUCUUCAAGCUUAACAACGAAGCUGAGGGUAGUUUUUGACGCAUCGGCAAAGUCCAGCAACGGAACUUCGUUAAAUGAUGUGCUAAUGAAUGGUGGCAUAGUUCAAGACGAUCUAGUAUCAAUUGUUCUGCGUUUUCGUCUUCAUGAAUAUGUUAUGACAGCAGACAUUGAGAAAAUGUACAGACAAAUUUUAAUUGACCCAGCACAUAGAAAUUAUCAACGUAUUUUAUGGAGAGACUCCCCUGAAAAGGAGUUAUCUCAUUAUCAGCUCAAUACCGUAACUUACGGAACAGUGUCAGCACCAUACCAAGCCACUCGAUGUCUACAAGAACUAUCAACCCUGAAUGCUAUCAAUUAUCCUCGAGCAGCUGAAGCAAUUAGAAAGGAUUUCUACGUCGAUGAUCUGUUGACGGGAGCAGAUUCAAUUGAAGAAGGCAUAAAGCUACAAAAUGAUAUCUCUCUAAUAUCAAAUUCAGCUGGAAUGAAUCUCCGGAAGUGGUGCUCAAAUAGUGCAAGAUUAGUAGCCAAUAUGACAAACACAAACUCGAAUGAACACGUAAUGCUUGAUUUGGAGGACAAUGAUACAACUAAAACUUUAGGUUUAGUUUGGAACCCAAGAAAGGACCAGCUUCUAUUCCGAGUAUCACCUCACUCAAAUGAUCAUCCAUACACAAAACGAACAUUGCUGGCUGAUCUAAAUCGAGUAUUCGAUCCACUAGGAUUCCUGUCACCACUAUUGAUUCGUGGUAAGAUGUUUAUACAGGAACUCUGGCAAUUGAAGCUGGAUUGGGAUACUUCAUUACCAAAUGACAUGUGUCAAAGGUGGUGCAAGUACACAAAUGAACUUUGCAAUUUAGAUGAUCUUCGAGUUGUGCGCAAGGUGAAAUCGGCUCCAGUAGGUGAUUUUGAACUACAUGGAUUUUGUGACGCCUCAAUUGGUGCAUAUGGAGCAUGCAUCUACAUAAGGCAGAAGCAACCUGACAAUUCUUAUAAGUGUCAUCUGUUAAUAGCAAAGAAUCGAGUAGCACCUUUGAGGACAGUUUCCAUCCCACGCUUAGAGUUAUGCAGUGCACUCGUUCUAGCAAUAUUAAUGGAAAAGGUCACAAAGGCAACAAAUGUCGAUUUGAAGCGUUGUACGUGUUGGACUGAUUCAGCUGUUGCACUGGCGUGGAUACGGGGAAUAUCCAGUCAAUGGGCAACAUUUGUUUCAAAUCGUGUUUCUGAAAUUCAGACACUCACUGAAGGCAUGACCUGGAGACACGUACGAACGAAAUUCAACCCUGCAGAUUUAGUGUCUCGUGGCAUGACUGCGACAGACCUGAAAGAGUCAAAAUUUUGGUGGAAUGGUCCAACGUUUCUUGAACAACACGAUUCUCAAUGGCCAACAGAAUUAUCAAUUACUCCUGCAGUAGACCAACUUGAAAGGCGUCCAACUAGAUUCACAUUAUUAGUAAAAAGAGACGAUAACAGUUUGUUGAAUCGAUAUUCUCGUUGGACUAAGUUGCUUCGUGUCACAGCCUUCAUACGCAGAUUUAUACAUAACACGCGUGUUGCAAAGAACCAGCGGAAAAACAGCAGUCAAAUCUCUGUUCAAGAAAUCAGAGAAGCAAAAAGUACCUGGAUUAGGAUAACACAAGAAGAGGAAUUUCAAUGUGAAAUCAAAUCCCUUCAACAGAACACACCACUGUCCAAGCGCAGUAAACUCAUCGCACUAAGUCCAUUUCUUGACGAAGACAUAAUCAGAGUAGGAGGUCGAUUACAACAUUCUCAUCUGCCAAAUAAUCAACGCCAUCCAGCCAUUUUGCCAAAGAGCCACAAAGUGACGGAAUUAAUAUUCAACGAAUACCAUCAGCGUUUCCUUCAUGCGGGCCCUCAAAACUUACUAGCAAGAAUUCGUCAAGAGUUUUGGCCACUUGAUGCAAGAAACACUGCACGAAGAAUUGUCCAUAACUGUAAAACAUGCUAUCGUGCCAAGCCCAUAACGUUCCAACCUGUUAUGGGAAGAUUGCCACAACUUAGAGUAACUAAAACAAGACCUUUUACAGCAGUAGGAGUGGACUUUGCUGGACCCAUCUACUUGCAUUCAGGGCCACGAAACCGAACAGUGACAAAGGCCUACAUCGCUGUUUUCAUAUGUUUUAGUACCAAGGCAGUUCAUCUGGAGGCUGUCGGAAGUUUGUCGGCACAAUCUUUUUUAGCCGCUUUACGCCGUUUCUUUUCGCGUCGUGGUCACAGUGCACAUAUUUAUUCUGAUAAUGGGACAAAUUUCAUCGGAGCAAGAUCAGAGUUAAGACGUUAUUACCAAGAAAGAUGCAACACAAACAAAACUGUGCCAGAAACAUUAGCAGCGGAAGAAAUACAAUGGCAUUUCAAUCCACCAAGCGCUCCACACAUGGGUGGAAUAUGGGAAGCAGCCGUCAAGUCCACUAAACACCAUUUAACAAGAAUUGUCAAGUCAGCAAUGCUCAACAUGGAAGAAAUGAGUACCCUUCUAUGCCAAAUCGAAGCUUGCCUUAACAGUAGACCAUUAACCCCUCAGUCAAGUGAUCCAGAGAGCUUUGCGGUACUGACUCCAGCACACUUUUUGGUUGGUGGAUGUCUGACCCUUCCCCCAGAAGUUCAACAUCCAGAGAAACCCACCAAUUUGAUAAAAAAAUGGCAACUUGUACAGGGGAUGAUGCAAGUGUUUUGGCGUAGAUGGUCAUCAGAAUAUCUUCAUACAUUGCAAACACGAGCAAGAUGGAAUAUAAGCAAAGGGAUGUCAGUUGGACAAGGAGAUCUUGUGUUAAUUCGAGAAGACAAUCAACCUCCACUUAACUGGCAUGUCGGCCGAGUAGUUAAGGUGCAUCCAGGUUCCGAUAAAGAAAUAAGAGUAGUAACAAUAAAAACGCAUGGAGGUAAGACGAUUCAAAGACCGGUUGUAAAAUUAUGUCCACUUCCAUACAUGGACAAGGAAGACAACAUGCAACUCUCACAUGUCGGGGAGAAUGUAGCGGCCUAA